AUGCCGGUUCCGAGCAGGGUUACGCCGAGGUGGCACAGGAGGCGAGGGCACAGGCUGCUCGACGCCAUCCUCAAGGCCAGAAUCCGAGGUCGGGGAACUAGAACCCGACAAAUCCUCGGUGGAACCAAGCCCCGCGGAGGAGGCCCGCACCUCGUCGUCGGGAGAAGGGGGGUCCAAGGUCACAUCGGCGUCCUAUGCACUGCCCACGUUAUCUAA